AUGGGAUUUGGGGCUCUGACCCCCCAGUUCUGCUCCAUCACCUUCCUGAGCAUCCCCUGCCACAUCCCACCCACAAACUGGUACGAUAAGGAGCCCGGCAGCAUCGAGCAGGCGGUGAGUGAGAUCCGCGCCGUGGUGAUGCCCGGGGAGGACGGGGAGGUGCGGAGCGUCUGGCUGCUGGCUGAGAUCGAUCACUGGAACAACGAGAAGGAGCGUCUGGUUCUCAUCACAGACUGGUCCCUCCUGGUCUGCAAGUACAACUUCAUCAGCCUGCAGUGCCAGCACGUCACCAGGAUCUCCCUCAGCGCCGUGGACACCAUCUCCAUAGGGGAGUUUGAGUUCCCACCUAAAUCCCUCAACAAGAGAGAAGGCACCGGCAUUCGGAUCCAGUGGGACAAGCAGAGCCGGGCCUCCUUCAUCAACAGAUGGAACCCCUGGUCCACCAACAUCCCCUACGUCACCUUCACCGAGCACCCCAUGGCAGACGCCAACGAGAAGAACGCGUCCCUCUGCCUGUUGGAAAACUUUAAAACUCAGCUGGUCCAGGCUGUGAAGAAAGCCCACAAGGAGUGUCCGGUGGCAGGACGGGCCAACGGUGUGCUGGUGCUGGAGCGGCCUCUUCUCAUCGAGACCUACCUGGGACUCAUGUCCUUCAUCAACAACGAGGCCAAGCUUGGCUACUCCAUGACCAGAGGCAAAAUUGGGUUCUAAAGUUUGUCGUUGUUUAAUCUUUUCAAGAGAAAGCGGUUUGAUGCUGGUCUCCUGGGGGGUGACAGGGAAUGGGGCAGAAUCCUGGAUACCCAAGGGUGAGGAGAAGGCCAAGGGGUGGCUCUAGAUCUGACAGUUGAUGGGAUGCCUUGGUUGUUCUGCUCAGGUCAGGUCAAUCCGAAGCAGACACCAGGUUCUUGCAUUCUGUAUCUAAUUUUCAGUUCUUCCAGGGCUAGGGAGCAGUGGUAUUUGCCAUUUCUAACUUGUUCUUCCCCGUUAACGAAGCGUGACCGGUAUCUGCUACCAACACUCUGCAGCAGCACGUCCGUGCCACGUUAGUUGUGUCCCUGUGUAUGGUGUCAAAUCACAUGCUGUGCUUGGGACUGAUCCGUGGUGCUGCUGUUCACAAUGACAGUACCCUCAGCAUUUUGAUUAAUGCCUGUUAAGAAUUGUGAAAGCCACAUCUGUCGUUCUUUAGCAGAAGAGGCAGCAGGUUUCAUUAAUUAACGCUGUUCUGUGGGGUCUGCAGGGAAACCCUGAACCCAAACUAGUGCUUUGUAAACUGAAGUCUAUGGCUGAGUAUGCGUUUUAUGAGCUUUUUGUAAAAAUACCUCCCUCUGAGAACUAACUUCCUAGUUUCUGAUGUGUGUUUCUGUGCUGCAGCCAGAGAAUAAAGGCUCUUUUGAGAGGAUAUUGCCUAAAGCCUCACAAACA